AUGCAUGUUUUUUACGCUGUUCAGGCUUUGCGUUCAACAAUCAGUUCAGUUGAGGAACAGGUUUUCAACGAUUACCAGGUGCGUGGAUGGAUCUCAAAAUUCAACGAAAAACACUCAUACACUCAGGCAUGGUAUUUGGAUCAAGUAGUGUACAAAGUAAAAUCAUUCCUGCGCGAGAUGCAAGUCUGUGAGGAGAAUAUCAGGACCGAAAUGCAGUCGGUUUUCUUCAAUGAUACAAUCGCAGAAUUUGUUUACGUAUAUGUAACACCGACACUGAAGCGUUUAGAAGAGCUGUCAAAAAGAAUCGACGUACUAUCGGAAUUACGUGAUUUCCCGAACCGGCCAUUUGCCAUCGAAGAGUUCUGA